AUGCAUUUUCUCAGAACAUACUCAGUCUCUUGUUUCAUUUCUGUAUCUCCAGUUUUAGACGGAGACUAUUCAGUAUGAGGUCUCACUCUUGUAUUUAUGUGUUGGGAGUUGCUGUGAUUUUGGGGAUGUUGGGGCCCUCCAGUGGGACAGAGUCCUUGUGUGCGGCGUAUGCCCCUGGAGACAUUAUCAUCGGGAUUCUGAGUUCAGUUCAUGCUAACAUUAAAGAUCUUCAGCCUUGGAUUCUUCCAGAUUUGUCUGUCUGCAUAAACUUUGAUCUAAUUACCUUCGUACAAGCUUUAGCUUCAAUUCACACCAUCGAAACAAUCAAUGACUCUGGAUUUCUUCCCGGUAUUCGGCUUGGAUAUCUAAUGUGUGACCCUUGUUCUUAUGCAACCAAAGCCUUGCACUGUGUGGAGCACAUGCUAGCAGUUAACCGCUCACUUACAGUUCUCUCUGACUACUCAAACCUCCGUCCACCUGUGAAAGUCUUCUUAGGCGAGAGAUACACUGAAACCUCUCUUCCUAUAUCCAGACUGCUCAGCCUGUACAGGAUUCCACAGAUAAGUUGCACAUCUUCUGCAUCAGUGCUAAGUGACAAGAUACGCUACACAUCCUUCUUUCGGGUCAUUCCAAGUAACAAAUAUCAGGCAUUGGCCUUGGCAAAGCUCAUGAGUCACUUUAACUGGACCUGGGUUGGAGUAGUGUACCUUGAUGAUGACUAUGGUAAGGGUAUCUUUGAGAACUUUUUGACUCAUAUAGAUAAAGAGAAGAUAUGUUUAGCUUUUGAAGAAGUGGUACCCAACUACCCUGACACGACACAAGACCUGAAAAAGGUGGCAGAUCUUAUCCAGUCCUCCAAUGCCACUGUUGUGCUGCUUCUCCUACGAGUUCAGCAGGUGGAGACGCUGUUUAAAGAGAUGAUUACGAGAAAUUCUUAUAAAAUCUGGAUUGCCAGUAACACCUGGUCUUUGGCACGCUACAUAAUGAAGAUGGAGGGCAUACACAAAGUGGGUGACAUCCUUGGCAUUAACUUCAUCACAGGGAACAUCCCAGGUUUUGAAGACUACCUACAGAAUCUAAAACCAGGCCCAGGGGCAAGAAAUUAUUUAAUCAAUGAGUAUAAGCAAAUAAGAUUCAACUGCAGUCAGCAAUCAGAACACACAUCUUCUUCAGCCUGUAAUGUGACGAACCCCCAGGAGGCAAACGAUGACUACCUGCUGCAAGCUGUGGAUCCGACAGAGGCCUACAAUCAGAGAGUGGCGGUGUACGCCUUCGCUCACGGCCUCAAGAAACUUCUUAAAUGUAACGACACAGCCUGCUCUGGAGAAACAGACUUCCAGCCACUAAAGCUCUUAAACAUUCUUCGCAAGGUGAACUUCACUUUGGACAAUCAGACCUACUCCUUUGAUGAAGAUGGUAAUUUUGAGACCGGCUAUGACAUCAUGACUUGGAAGAAGAAUGGAAAUGGAAAGAUAUCUGAGGUGGUGGGAAAAUUUCUCCUAAAAACUGGAGAAGUAGACAUCAAAGAUGAAAGAAUUCAAUGGUCCAGAAAUAAUAACACGGUGCCCUCAUCCAUGUGUACAAACCCGUGUGCCCCUGGCACAGAAAAAAAAAUAUUAAGUAAGUCCUGUUGCUAUAGCUGCACCAACUGUAGUGAGGGACACUAUUCUGACAAGGAUCAAACUGCCUGUCAAAAAUGUCCAGAUGGCACUUGGUCUCGUCCAGGCUCCAGCGAAUGUGAGGACUGGCAGAUCUCAUAUUUGGAGUGGUCUUCAUCUUAUUCCAUUGUAGUGAUAAUUGGAACAGUGGUAGGAAUAGUGCUGCUAGUAUUUUCAUUUAUCUUCUUCAUUUACCACAGAGAAAAACCCAUCAUAAAAGAUUUCUUUAUCGUUUCUUGUUUGAUGAAGUUGGGUCUGCUUGUGAGUUUUGGAAGUGUAAUAGUUUUCUUAGGCAGACCAACCAAACACCUCUGCAUGGCACAACAGGCCAUGUACGCUCUUGGGUUCACUCUCUGUGUGUCAUGCAUUCUGAGCAAAGCCUUUAACACACUGGUAGCAUUUAUGGCAUUUAACCAUGACAGACAGCGUACACUUAAAAAGCUUGAAAAACCUUUUGUCAUCAUCAGCUUCCUCACUUUUAUUCAAGCUCUCAUCUGUAUCUUCUGGCUGGUAUUUGAUCCUCUUGAUGCUUCAGAAUCUAUUUCAAAGUCUCAGGCAUUAACCAAGAACCUCCUGUGCACUCAGGGCUCUAUGUACGGCUUUGGUGCGAUGCAUGUCUACAUUGCUUUACUAGCAGUAGCAUGUUUCCUAAUGGCCUUCAAGGGGAGAGAUAAUGAGACAGAGCCAAUAGUCUUCAGCAUGCUCAUCCACCUGUUUGCCUGGCUUUGCUUCAUUCCAGUUUUCAUCACACAAGUUGAAUUACGGCCUAUUGUUCAAAUCUCUGCCAUUAUGGUCUCCAACUAUGGAGUUAUCUUCUGUCAUUUCACCCCAAAAUGGUACAAGAUUCUUGUAGAAAAAACUAAAAUACAAAAUAACAUGAAAAGCCCAGGCAGUCUUCCUCCACAUGAUCAUGACUCUGGAGUUGGUAACGACACAAUUGGUAAUGAUUCAGAAGCGUCUCUAUCAAUGCACAGUUUUCCACAAGCACAAUUUCAUUUUGAAGAAUCAGAAACAGAUGAACAGUCAGUAUCAGAAAUACCUGACUACACAAUAUCAGAAAUAUCUGACAACACAAUAUCAGAAAUAUCUGAAAACACAAUAUCAGAAAUAUCUGAACACCCAAUAUCAGGAAUAUCUGACUGCCCAAUAUCAGAAUCUGAUGUUAGGCGUCGGAGAUUAAGACAUCAAAGAGCAAGGAGUUUCUAAGUCAUUUAAUCUAACGGGGAAACACAGUCUGAGCUCAGCCCUCUAGAAUUACUGGCACAAUCACAUGAAACAAUUACCAAAAAACACAUAAAUUUGACCAAAAAAAGUAAAACAUUUUAAUGUUUGGUUGGACCACCUUUAGUUUUGAUUAGAGCAUGCAUUGGUGGCAUUGUUUCAAUAAGCUUCUACAAUGUCACAGAAUUUAUUUCAAUCCAGUGUUGCAUUAAAUAUUUUUUCAAGAUCUUGCUGCAUUGAUGAUGGUAGAGUCUGACCGCUGCUCAAAGUCUUUUCCAGCACAUCCCAAAAAUUCUCAAUGAGGUUAAGAUCUGGACUCUGUGGUGAACUCUCUCAAUCCAUGUGUGAAAAUAAUGAUCUCAUGCUCCCUGAAUCACUCUUUCACAAUAUCAGCCCCAUGAAUCCUGACAUUAUCAUCUUGAAAAUGGGCGUGCCAUCAGGGAAGAAAAAAUCCAUUGAUGGAAUAACCUGGUUUAUAUUCAGUAUUUUCAGAUAGUCAGCUGACCUCAUUCUUUCAGCACAUACUGUUGCUGAAUCUACACCUGACCAGCUGCGGCAUCAACCUUACAUCAUAUCCCUGCCCCUACAGGCGAAGAAGUGUGGCUAAACAGUAUGGGUGGGCAAAUAUGACCAUAUUUAAUUGAAUUGUUACAAACAAUUAUCUUUUUUUUGUAUAUUAUGGAUGUUAUCAGAACAUUGACAAACUCUAUGACAAAGAGUGUAAAAAGUCCAGCUUGAUUGAAUUAUAUAUGCCUUAAUAUUCAUUGCAUUAUUUGUUUUAUUUUUAACACUGUUACAUAU